AUGAAUAACUUUUAUUAUCACGAUUUACAAUCUGAAGUAAAAAUAAUAAAGCCUGACUCAAUAAAAAAAGCUAAAGCGUUAGGAUUAACAUCAUCUCGUUUUAAAAAUUAAGAAAUGAGUAAUUCAACAAAAUAAAUAAUAUAAGAUGCCAAGAAGCGUGAUAGGACUUAUAUGGACUUAGAUGAAUGGGGAAAAUCAAAAUAUUAUUAAACUAAUUGGUGUAAAUUAUUAAAGGAAAACUGUCCAGAUUAAAUAGAAAGAAUAAACUUUUAACAAAUUUCAACUGACUUUUUUAUUUAAAAUUAUGAAAAAUAAGCAAAACCAUGUGUAAUCACAAAUACUACUAAUCAUUUAGAGGUAGAAAAAUAUUGGACUUUUGGCCAAUUAUAUGAAAGGUAUAAAGACGUCAAGUUUAAAAUAGGAGAAGAUGAUAAAGGCAAAAAAAUAAGGGUAGAAUUAAAGUAUUUCUUGGAAUAUUUAGUCCAUAAUACCGAUGAUUCUCCUUUAUAUAUGUUCGAGUCUGCAAUUGAAGAUAUAAAGGAGGCUAAAAAAAUGAUUGAAAAAUAUGAAGUCCCUAAAUUUUUUAAAGAAGAUAUCUUUUAAUACAUCGGAGAGAAAAAAAGACCACCCUACAGAUGGUUUUUAGUAGGUCCAGAAAGAUCAGGAACAACAGUCCAUAUAGAUCCUUUAUGGACUUCCGCAUGGAAUACAUCAUUUUAAGGCUAUAAAAGGUGGAUUCUUUUUAAACCAGAAGUCCCAAAAUUUAUAGUUAAAGGUAAAAAAUACAUUCCAGAAGGCGAAGAUGAUGAUGCUAUUUAAUAUUUCACAAAAAUACUUCCCUAACUAAUCAAAGAAGAAGGACGUGAAAAAUUAGGGGUUAUUGAGUUCAUUCAAAAUCCAGGGGAAACAGUUUUUAUACCAGGUGGAUGGUGGCAUGCAGUUAUUAAUGUUACCGAUACAAUUGCUGUUACUCAAAAUUUUAUGAGUUCCAAUAAUUAUACGGUUGUGUGGAGAAGCUUAAGGGAAGAAAGAUAAAAAUUGGCUUAAUAUGCAAUUAAAAAAUUCAAAUAAAGAGUGCCUAAAAUGUAUGAUAAAAUCAUAGAGUUAAAUAGAAAAGAUAACCAUCUAAUGUAUUAUGAAAAAAAGAAGUUAAGAAAAAAAAAUAUGAAGAAGAUGAAUAACUUUCUAAAUAUAAUCCAGAGGAGCCUUUUGAUAUUACAGAAAAAAACCUAAAUAUUUAAGUAGUGA